CAAUAUUUUCUCUUCAAUUUUGAAGUCUCUUCAGGGUUCUUCGUCUAAGUUAUUCUAGGAUUCUUUCUUUGUUCAUUUCAAGUCCUUUUCUUUUAUUAUGUGUCUGUUUGUUAGAUGCUGGAUUAUAUAGUUAGAAAAACAUAGUGCAUCGUUUUAUUUUUCAGAUUAGCAUUCAAGAAAUCUCUGCCUCGUUAGGUCCUUCACUCUAAAGUUAGACCCAAGCCUGAUUUUUCUUUUUGUGUUCAAGAUUCUGUUGUUCUUUAUUUUUCAGAAAAAUGAAAGAAUUCAAAGUUGUUGAAGUUCAGAUACACAGUGUUGUUUAAUUAACUUAUUCUGUUAUUAGUGAGUUUUUUUUUUCUUUGUGAUUUUUCUUAGAGAGAUCUAUUUGAUCUUGUUCUUUGCAGGUGGGUUAUUUACAAAACAUUGAAAAGAUGAAUGAUUUAAUGACCAAGUCGUUUCUCGAUUACGUAGACCUCAAAAAACAAGCCAUUGAAGACAUCCAACCCGAACCAGACCUUGAGAUAGGGAAAUUAGACUCCACUGAUGAGCGAAACCUCUCCAAAUUCUUUGAAGAAGUGAAGGCUAUCAAGAUUGACAUGGAAGAGAUCACCAAUCUCCUUAUCGAUCUCCAGGACUUGAAAGAAGAGUCAAGAUCCACCCACAGUGCAAAAUUUUUGAAAGGAAUUAGAGACAGAAUAAACUCAGAUAUGGUUACUAUUCUUCGAAAAGCCAAGAAGAUUAAGUCAAGAUUGGAAUCUCUUGACCAGUCUAAUUUUGCUAAUCGUAGAUUGUCGAAGGCUUAUAAAGAAGGUAGCUCUGUUGAUCGAACUCGGGUUUCAGUGACUAAUGGCUUGAGAGUCAAGUUAAGAGACAUGAUGCAUGAUUUUCAAGCGUUGAGAGAAAACAUUUUGAAAGAUCACAAAGAGGGUCUUAAAAGGAGGUACUAUAAUGCGACCGGUGAGCACCCAACCGAGGAAAUGAUAGAGAGGAUGAUUUUAAGAGGUGAGAAAGAGAGAGUUUUUGAAGAGAAAGCAGAAUUGGUGAUGGAGAAUCAAGAGAGGCAUGAGGCCUUGAAGGAGAUACAGAGGAGAUUGACUGGGUUGCAUCAAGUGUUUCUUGAUAUGGCUAUUUUGGUAGAGAUUCAAGGUGAUGAGAUUAAUGUUAUUGAAGAGAAUGUGGCUAGUGCUGCGAAUCAUAUCAGUGGUGGGACUAAUGGACUAUACUACGCUGACCAAAUGAAGAGAAGGGGAAGCCAUUGGGGUUGCUGGAUUGGGGUCUUCUUGCUGAUUCUCAUGGGAAUUCUCGUUUCCACCCAGCUUCCUGAAGAGUUUUGGAGACCAUGGUUUGGUUUGAUUGGGGGUUUUAUCGCGUAAGCUAGUGUCAUGGUGAUUAAAUAUUGUCCUUAAACAAGAAAUUUUUCGUUUUCUUACGAGGGAAGGAGUUUUAUUCUGGUAAAUGGACUCCAACGUUCUAUGCCAUUUAAUGUGAUUGAUGAUGUCUUUUCAUCUCACACUGUUUUCAAUUUCUCUGUAUUUUGAAUAACUGAGAAACCUGAAGGUUCUUGUUCAAGCUUUCAAGAAUAGCAUGUAGGAGUCUUCCUCGAGUUAUUAUGAAGUUUUCAUCAUCAAUCCUUAUUGAACAUGAUUUUUACAUUC